AUCCAAGGUGCACUUGCUCAUCGGUGUGCUCAGUGCUUCCACCCAUACCGAUCCCUGCAAGAGGGAACUGCACAAGUGACAAUUAAUGAUGAUCAGGAGGUUGAUAUGAUUGUGGUGGAUGGCAUUUGCAUGGGACAUUGCCUUUGUGCAAUGCCUAAAUGCCCUAACCUUCCACUUAAUUUUCACUCAAAGAAACUCUGUGCAGAACAUGAAAGGAGUAGGGGCCAUUUAUGUGGCAUAGUCUCUUGU